AUGAACCAUCCAAGGGACACCACCUCUUGGGAUGGGCGUACCUCGCUGUGGGAGCUGGUGUCGUUCCCUCAUGCCUACCGAGGAGCACCAGCCGUCGUUCUGCGUCCUGCGACGCUUCGCACUCGCGCAAACACCACCCGUACGCACAGACCAUCCGGAAACGCGUCUCCUCGACGUCGUCGUCCAGCACGCGCGUCUUCGAAACAUGGCAGCAGCAGGGGAAGCCGCGCAACAUCCAGUCCGCAGUCGACGAAUCCCAUUUCGACCUCGACGACUCGGACGACAGCAUCCUCUUGUGUCCCAGACUCUCUCAAUGAGUCGAUGCUUGAUAUGCGCAAAGCACUAUUCUUCCGCGAUGUGGUGGAAUCUGUGGUCACGGUGCCCUCAUUUGAGGAGGCCGAGUCGGUCUUCCACCUUCACGGUACCCCGUUAGAGCCGCAGGCCCGCACUGUCAACCUCGUCGACAUCUUCGAAGUUGACGCUUUCUAUGGGACCUCGGAGUCGUUCUCAUCUUGCAUUUUGGCACCCGCUAUAUCAACUACAGGCACGCGCAAGUUGCGCCUACAGCCAUUCGAGAGCAAACCCGUGUACGACGUCACACCGGAGAGCAUCGCCCACGCAGGAAAUUGGAGAUGCAAAACAUAUCGAACAUACUGCAUAGAGAUCCCUCGUAUCCUGCACUGCGAACGUUACACGCGGCGGGUGACGACGGCGUGCCGGGUGGAUGAUAUGCGCCAUCCUUUGCUGGGAUGCUACUAG